ACUCUGAAACUACUAAUUUAAUUUACAAAAAAACGCUUGAAGAUGGAAGCAAAAUGGCAGAAAGGUUUACAAGCUUGUGUACCAGCAAGGUCAAAUACCAAGUUCGGCCGCCAUUUUAAGCUGAAUUUUGCCCAAGACUGUGACAUCAUGUGGGCGUGGUAAACCUGUCAAUCAAGCGACGGCCAGCCCUGAUUGGACGAGAGAAAACCCCGGCAACGAUUAAUCAUUCAGGGUUGAGUAAACGGUUGAUAAGAAGCUGCGAAAGUUGAAAUUCAUCCCAAAGUUAAAGUGAGAUUGUGACAUAAACCGAUUUUAAAGUUGAUGUUAUCACACUCUGUAACACCUGGACGCUUAAAUCCCCUUGUAUGAUUUAUUACGAGUGUCAAGACGCGCGUGGCUGGGAGUAACACCGUAGAUCCAUCAAAUACUUCGUAGAUAUAUAUGGGUUACAACUUCUCUAGAAAUAUUUAAGAAAAUCGCGCAUUUGGAUCACCUUGAAAUAGAGAGAAAGUGAAUGCUAAAGUUAAGCCCCGGGCUUGGGAGACCAGCGCAUAAGUCGAUUCGUCAAGUAAGGCGACGUCAAGCACCUACAGCUCUCUGCUGAUUUAUGAACCGUCCAGGUAACCGAACACUUGGAAGUGGACAAGCUGACAACUUUGGACUGAAGGGCGUCCAGUUUGGAUUUGGAACCUAAUCUCGGAGAUCAAUCAACAGUCUUCUUGGGUUUAAAGGAAUUAUAAAAAAACAAAAAAAAAAUUGGAUUUACGUGAAGAUACGUUUCACCGUAACGUCACAGAUUGAUCGACAAAGUGCAUUAUCAGCAAACAAUCCGAGCAAUGAAGAAUGGGCAAGAGAAAGCACCAGCUGCGACCAAAUAUAGCGUCGCCGCGUCGAACACCCAGAAUAGUGGAGAUUACUUUGGUAAGAAGCGAGCGGGCAAUAAUAUAGAAGAUCUUGGAAGUUAUUACAUGGGGGUUGAAGGACAUAACACGACGAAUGCAGCAAUUGAGAAUUAUCAACAUACAGAAUCAGCGAAAGGACGAAAUCAGUCGAACGGAACGAGCUCGUCGCGAAUCGACCAACCAGGCUACACCGAACAAUCAACUCAUACUAUUGCGUCACAGAGAGUUUACAACCUAGACUACGAGGUGGAAAGAAUCGAUGGUGGUGACGUCAUAGAUGAAAACAGUACGUCAGUGACAUCACAAGAAUGUCGAGGUUUUGGAAUUUACUCAGGCUGCGAUUCUGUUAGCGAAGCAAUCAACGCGAAUAACAGUAAUAACCGAAGUUCGUGUGGAGAGAAAGAAAAUGGAGUCGUGAUACCCGCGGCGAUAUUUCAUGAUAACGACCUUCAAAAACAGAGCCAAGAAUCUAUCGGCAGCCAUAAGAGUCAACAAGGCGAGGAACUAGCAAGAAUAUCGACGUCGGAGUUACUUGCAAGCUCUGUCGUUGAUGCUAAAUCUGAUCUUUAUUCACCACUCUCUCCUAACUCGGGUGCUGUGUUAAUGUCGCCCAGGGGAAGGACACUAAUUCAAACGCCGGGUAGCGAAGGGUCGCCCGGCCCUGAAAUGAGCAAGUCGCCGGCAUCGGAGCUUCAAAUUGCCGCCGAUCCUAGGCUUUCGGUCCGAGGUUACGAAACCGGACAAGCUGCACAGAGUGGUGCUGUAUUGGAUGCAACAAUUACAGAUAGUGGAGCUAACCAACAGUGUUCUAAAGUUAGAUCAGGAGCAGAAGACAGCAUGGACCUUGAUAUAAAUAGCAAGCAAACGGGAAUACGAGAAAAUGGCGGCGCUACAACAAACCCUAAACACCAGCAGAACAAAGAUCCUGGCAUCUUUGACUGGAUGUUAGAAUCAAGGAAAAAUCAAAAGAAGAAACAUUCAAGUUCUGAAAGCAACUCAUCGUCAGGGGACGGAGACAAAUGCUAUUCAGCUAGCAAACGCGAAAGAACGGCAUACACAAACUCACAAUUGGUGGAACUGGAAAAGGAAUUUCACUUCAGCCACUACCUAUGCAGACCACGAAGAAUCGAACUCGCACAGGGGCUUGGUUUAACAGAGAGGCAAAUAAAGAUUUGGUUUCAAAAUCGUCGAAUGAAGUUUAAGAAGGAGCAAAAGCAGAAAGCGGUUCUACAGAGGAAUAAUGGGGAUUCGGUUAUGGGGGCACAUGGUCACCAACACCAUUACCCACCUAAUCCUUACUUGAGAGCACAACCUAUUCUAUACCAAGAAGAAAUGAAUGGGAAAUGCAUCCAGAAUAAUUACAUGGGACCAGAAGUUAAUGGUGGGCACUUUACAAAUGGAGUUGAAGCCAUACCUGAUCACAAUAUGUGUGAUAUGUCUAAUACAGUGUCACCGACCCACCAGCUACAAGCGUUUGUGACGUCAUCAACAAUGGCCGCGCGACAAGCAGCUCCUAUGCACCGCCAUGCGGUCAACUCGCAAAUCACUCGAUCGCCAUCUAGCGGCGCCAGCAACGCGUCAUCACCACAAAACAUAAAAUCAAUCUUCCAACAAGAUCAAACCUCUACGUCAUCGGUCGUGACGUCCCCAAUGAACGAUCAACGACGUCACAAUGACGUCACGGGGUACUACCAACCUCACAGAACGAGCGAUCACUCGAAUUUCUUCGAAAAACAAACGGAAAGAAACCGCGACGAUAAACGCGAUGAUGACGCAAUAUACAGAUCGGCAGCGAGACAAAACAACCACUCACAAGCAAACGGGUUACGAUACCAUCAACAUCGUCCUAUUACGUCAUUCAGUGAUUACGUACAUGGGGGUCGGGGUCAAGAAAUCGGGGAAAUCCCCCCGCUUAAUCCAUUCACCCAUGCCAGCCAGCGAAACCUGCCUCACCAGUUCCUACCAUUAUACUACGGUUCCACACCCGAAUAUAUAUCCUCAUGCUCUGCUAUGGGUGUCACAGGGACCGAAAAAUCACCUGCGACCCCUCUCGAUUAUUCAAGGUCUGCCUACCCAACACACGGGGAAAAGACGAUCUUACCGCAUGGCCACUUCCAACGUCUUACACACUUAUAAGACCCCACCCUGCCUUUCGUAUUAAAAGUUCCAUUGUAUCGCCAGUGUUCUUGCGCGCUUGCUUACGUCAUAACCGCUAUUAAUGUGUAACAAUCAACAAGUGUUAAAUAUAAACUUAAUGCAGCUCACCGCAAAUUUCAUCCGUGCAGCGCCGAAUAUUCUUGAUCGAGAAAUACUGAACUUCUUUCCUGUCCAAUGCAAUAGGAAUUGAACGAUUGUUAAACAGUAUUUAACGAGUUAAAGAAUCAUCAGUGUUUUAAAUAAAUUUGAUUCCAAAACU